CAAAAGAGGAAAUCUACAAAAUCACACGCAAAGUACAGGAACUUCAAACUCAGAGAAAUAAUUCAGGUAUGGUUAGUAAGAUACAAGAUGAAGUGGAGUCUUUGUCUGAAGACAUCAGUAAUCAAGAGACCAGUAUGACGCGUAUAUCUGCGGAAGUGACGUCAAUCAGAGCUAGUAUUGCUUCACUCCAGAACACUCUUAACUUGACCAUUGAUGUCAAUAAUGCCCAGAGGGAGACUCUCUCACGUAUAAACAACCAACUAAUAUCACUAGUUCCCGUGCGAUUGGUAGGUGGAAGUUCUCAGAACGAGGGUCGAGUAGAAGUGUGGUAUUCUGGUACCUGGGGGACAGUCUGUGAUGAUUCGUGGGAUAUUAUUGACGCUAGAGUUGUGUGUAGAAUGCUGGGUUACUCAGGGUACACGGCCUUUGGGAGUGCUCAUUUUGGUCAAGGCUCCGGGACUAUCUGGUUGGAUGACGUUGGUUGCUCUGGGUCUGAAAAUUCAAUUUUUUCGUGCAGACAUAGCGGAAUGGGUACCCAUAAUUGUGGGCAUGGUGAGGACGCUUCCGUUAGAUGUACCUGAAGUGAAAGUUCUCCUUCAGUUAUAUGUAAUGGACUCAGUUUAGAUCUUACUGGAUGAACCUGAAAGCGUAUUUAAUGUGCUGUAAUGUUAGUUCCCCCUCUCCCUGCUUGACUGUUUUAACUGCUUGUAACUAUGCAAAAAUUGGAAAGAAAAGGGAAUGUUUCCAAUUUCAAUGAAUGUAAUUUCACCGUGUAUCUGUAAAUUUGAUUUGAUUUAUUUUUCCAACCUGAUUUCAUCAUAUAUAAGUAAGGAUAUGGAGAUAACGAACAGUAUUCAAUCUCAACGUCCAUUAAACAAUAUACAAAAUAAGAGCAGAGCAAACACGGACCUCCGAAACAUCAGAGGUGGGAUCAGGUGCCAUGGAGGAGUGAGCAUCCCCUGCCGACCGGUCACACCCGCCGUGUGCUCGUUUUCAUGAUCAGGAAAUAACAGAAAAAAUCCGUCGUCAAUUCAGUGUAUAAAUAAUGGACUAACACUUGGUAUGAAAAACGUCAGUCAGCAUUUGACUCAAUGAUAAAUUGUAUUUGCUGACAAGGGAAUUGUAUCGACCAUAGAAUUUACGAAAUGAUGACUUUAAUCGAGACUGUUGAUAUUCUUGUUCCAUCAACUUGCUUGUCAAUAAUUUACCUCGUUUUUUGCUUUUACUGUGUGACAAUUUCAACAGAUUUAAAGAUGCCAGCGUUUUAUGCCCGAUCUGUGUGUCAUUUAUGAAUAAUGUCAUGAUAUGAUUCUUGAAAUCACUGUUAAUCAACUUUUAUUCGCGACGACUUUUUUCCGCGAUUUAUCAGGGGUAAUCUAGUUCGCGACGAUUAAUUUUCGCCAACAAGCAUUAUUUGGAUCUGUUCUUAAUAGAUGAUUGAUUGAUUGGAUAACGAUCCUCUCCAGAAUACUUCACUGAAAUAGAGACGUCACAUUUGCCGGUGAAGGGCUGCAAAUUUAGGCCUAUACUCGGCACUUACGGCCUUUGAGCAGGGAGGGAUCUUUAUUGUGCCACACCUGCUGUGACACGGGGCCUCGGUUUAUACGGUCUCAUUUGAAGGACCGGCCCAUUUAGUCGCCUUUUACGACAAACAUGGGGGUACUGAGGACCUAUUCUGACCCGGAUCCCCACGAGGCUGUUCUUAAUAAAAACAGAGACUUUAAGAAAUAUUGGCGAUGAUUAGGCUCUCGUGAAAAUCGCGGAAAUUUCUCUCACGCAAAUAAAAGUCGGUUUACAAUAUAUGAUGUUAAUAUACUUGUAUAAAUAAUAUGACUAAAUCUAUCAUGUGUACUGUUUUUAGGGUAAUAUAUGAUAGAUAAUCGCAUUUCUGAAUUUUGGGGUUGAUUUUUUUUCUGGAAAACUAUUUUAGAUUUCCACAUUAUCUUUUAGAUGAACUUGAACAUACAUUUGCAAAUAAAAACUUUCA